AUAGAGGGUGUGUUUCAUAUCAUAAGUGAUCAAUAAACUUAAGCUUGUUGUUGUUGUACCAGCUAGUUAUAUAGCUCCUGCAAUGCAAGUACAGACAGUUCUUAUCAGCAUGCAGCUGUUUUCUCUUGCUGCAGCCACACUGACAUCCAUCCCCCCUGUGGCCUGUCCUGGUGACACUGUCACCUUCACCUGCACUCUGCCUGGUAGUCUCAUACGAUGGACGGUCACUUCUCCACAACUACAAGUAUUCACCGUAACUGUGGACAGCAACACCAAUGAGACACAAGGUGAUCCAGCAUUUCGAGGUGUUCUCACUGACUCCAGAGGAGGAAUGGUCACUGCCACUCUCACCUCACUGUCUGAGGCCUCCAUUGUAGAGGGUACUAUGGUGGAGUGUUUGGGAGCGAGCUCACAAGAGGGUCCUCUCACCAUCACUGUGGCUGAUCCACCCUCCCCUCCACUGAAUCUAAGGGUGUCCUCCAUUCUAAACCAACUCAGCUCUUCUAAUAUCACUCUGGAUUGGGACCCUCCCUUCUCUACUGGUGGUGUGUCUGUCAGGUAUGUCCUCAUCAUCUCCCCAACAUCUCUCUCCGGGUCACCGGUUACCGUAGAGACCACCUCCACACAGAUCACUGUCUCCUACAACACACCCUAUGAUGUGACCGUCAGAGCUGUCAACUGUGCUGGAAUGAGUCAAGAAAGUCAAAUUGUGUAUCUUAAUUUUAUAUUCGGCUGUGGUUCUCCUGUUGCACCAUCUAGAGGAAGUGUGGACAUCAGUGGUGGGACACCACCAUUCUCACUGGGUUUACAGGUCAUCUAUCGCUGUCAUGAGGGACUGUUUCCCUCUGAUGUGAGGACCAGCACAUGCACUGAUGUGGGGGGUAGGGGAGAGUGGGUAGAGAACCCUGGGAGUUUGGUGUGCAGAGAGAGGCCAGUCAACUGCUCUCUACCCUCGGAGCCAUCCAACGGAACUAUAGUGGACUAUGAGAGGUUGAAUGAGACAGUGUUGGAGGGAACAGUGCUGACUUACCAGUGUGACAAUGGACUCUCAUUGACUGGACCCAACACCAUGAUCACUUGCACUAAUGCUGGAGACUGGAGCACUGAGCCUGCAGAGGCAAUAAUGUGCGUGUCACUAACUGAAGCUCCGACUGUUACAGCUGCUGCCACCCUAUCAACUGGUGCAACUCUUGCCAUCAGUGUUACUACUACUUUCGUUGCGUCUACUAUCCUUGGAUUUCUCGCUGGACUCCUAGUGAUGUAUUUGUUUACGCGUAAGAAGGCAGUGUACUACACAAGAAAAACAGCAUUAUCUGUUGUACAACCCACUAAACCAGUUGGUCCUGUUUAUGAAGAGGUUUCACCCAAAGAGGAGAUUGAACUGAACACUAACCAGGCGUAUGGACCAUUAGGACUGUGAAACUUCAUGCUACUAAUUAACUUUUGCACUAACUAUCAUCAUAUAAGUUUUCUAGCCAGUAUUAUAAGUGUUUCACCUGCUAUAGAUCGCUAA